UAGCUAGGCCCUCAUUUCCAUGCAACACUUUAGCCCAUUUCCACACUUUAGUGUCUUUUUUACACAUGGAGAGUUCCAUGCAAGCCUCUAGGAAGUAUGAAUUGGAUUGCCAAUACCUCAACUCUUGUUUCCUAGGCAAUGGUGAAGGCAACAGACAGAAGCUUGUAGAGACUCUCACGAGCCGGGACUCGCAAGAACUUAAGCUCAUUCAUCAAACAUUUAGGGCUCUCUACAACCAGGAUCUCCACCACGUUCUAUCCACCAUUCGACACAACGAUGAACUGGCGAAUGCGGUGUAUCUACGGAUGAGUGAACCGCAGGAGCGCGACGCCGAGAUAAUAAGAGAGGCACUCUUUGGAAGGAGGGUUAAUGUCAACACUCUGGUUGAGGUGGUGAGCACUCGCUCUUCUACAGAGCUGCAUUCCAUCAAGCAGGCAUACCGAUUUCGGUAUAAUUCUGAGAUUGAGCAGGAUAUGGCUCACACAAUUAGUGCCACCUUCAAAGAGAUUCUUCUCACAAUUCUGAAGUCUAGUCCCAAAUAUGGAGGCAGAAUUGACACAAGCAUGGCCAUGUGCGAUGCCAAAACACUCUACGAGGCAAUGGAGACUGGAAAUUCCGUUGAUUGGAAAACAAUCACGUCCCUCUUAACCCAAAGAAACACACCACAAAUCAAAUCGAUUCUCUCAGCCUACAAAGAGCUCUACGGCCACGAAUUCUCCAAGUUCCUCAAGUCCAACAAAUGCGGGAAAUUCGGAACCGAAAUGAGAAUGGUAAUCCAAGGAAUUCAGUUUCCAGGAAAGUUCUUCGCAAAGCAAUUGCGAGGAGCAUUGCAGAGUGGCGGCGAUGGGAGGGAAAUCCUGACUCGAGUGGUGAUUACCAGAUUGGAAAUUGAUGUUAGGGAGAUGAGCAAUGUCUUUGCUGUCAAGACUGGUUGGUCUCUGGGGAAUUUUGUGAGGAGGGAAUUCAAUUCUGCAGGUGGUGAUAAGGGAUAUGAUUUCGCAGGAGAAUUCUUAUUGGGACUUCUAAGGCAUUGUUGAACACUUGACCUAA